AUGCGAAUAUUGGAAUGGGAUGACAUGGGAGUGGAAAUCGAUGGUCGACAGUUACACUAUCUUCGCUUUGCUGAUGACAUCGUCCUUAUAACACCAAACAUUAGCCAAGCGGAACGUAUACUUGGCGACUUUGAUAAAGCUUGUGAAAAGAUUGGUCUUCGACUAAAUCUUAUGAAAACGAUGUUCAUGAAAAACGGAUUGGUUUCACAUGCCCCAUUCACACUCAACGUAACGAAUAACUCCAAAUGCUUCAGUUAUAUCUAUCAAGGUCGGAAAAUCAAUGUGAUGAACGACCUAGCUCCAGAGCUGAGCAGAAGAAAACGAGCGACUUGGGAAGCUUUCAAGAGCAUCGAAGAUGUAGUGAAGAGAACAAGGAACAUUAGACUCCGUGCAGACCUUUUCGACUCAACGGUACUUUUUGCACUAAUAUAUGCGUCAGAAACCUGGUCGCUGCGUAAGCAGGAUGGAAGGUCACUCAGCGUUAUCGAACGCGCAGUCGAAAGGACGAUGGUAGGAGUAUCCCGUUCCACACAAGUAAGGGAAGGGAUCCGAAGCUCCGACCUGCGUCAGCGAUCAGAAAUCAAAGAUGCCGUUUUGUACACCAAACAGUCGAAAAUAAGAUGGGCCGGACAGGCAAUGCGUAUGAAUGACAACUGUUGGACAAGACCCAUUAGUGACUGGAUUCCUCGGGGUAUCAAACAUAGUGCAGGAUGA